ACUGAGCCGUUGUUGACUGAGCGCUUGCAGAACAAAGUGCCAGGCCUGCGGGGGAUGUUUGCUUGAUCAGAGUUUGAUCUCUUGGCUGAAGUUCACCUAAAGCAGAAGCUUUUCAGGAAGAGCAAUCCCAUACCUCACUCUCUCCUUCUUUGUAACGUUGGAUGCUUGAAGUCCAUGAAAAAGAAAAUCCAGCCACUCAAAAAUUGUCAGCAAACCCGAUGUUGGGGACUUUCGCGUGCCCGCUGCUCGAGGUUCGCCCAUCCAGAGGACUCGUGGAUGAGAAGUUUCAAAUUACCGUAGUGAAUUUACCGCCUGCCCACAAAGUGACCCUGCAUUCGCUGCACCAGUCUGAGGAUGGCGACUUCUGGGAGGCGUUUGGGUUCUACGUUAGUGACACCGAUGGCCGAGUCACGGCUGACCGGGACGAAAGCCUGGGGGGCACGUUUGAGGGGGUCGAACCCAUGGGCUUGUUGUGGAGCUUGAGGCCAGUGCCGGGAAGCAGGACGGGACUACGGUUACGAAAGAAGCAUGUGACUUCUCCAGUGGUGGUCCGCAUCUCGGUGUACGAAGGCCACGUCAGCCAGAGGUUCGGGGAGCUGGUGGCUUUGGCGUGUGCUGUCGCCGAGCGCUGGUACAUGGGCCCCGGUGUUCGUAGGGUGGAUGUCAGAGAGGCUGGGGUUACCGGGACCCUCUUCCUGCCUCAAGGUCCUGGGCCCUUUGCAGGUGUGCUGGACAUGUGGGGCGGGGGCGGGGGGCUGGUGGAGUACCGUGCUGCCCUCCUGGCGUCGCACGGAUUUGUCACCAUGGCACUGGAGUAUCUUCCUGCAGACGAGUCCAGAACCGCUGAUAUCGAGUUGGGCUAUUUCGAUGCAGCCUUUAAAUUAGUGCAAGAGCACCCCCUGGUGGCCAGAAAUUGUGUUGCGGUGCUGGGUCUGUCCUUCGGAACUUCUGUGGCCUUAUCCAUGGCUGCCUACUCUACAGUUGCCAAGCCCAGAUGUUGUGUAUGUAUCAGCGGGAGCCACGUCCAUCCCAUAAACAAAUCCAUUCAUUCAGUUUUUCAAGAGAUACAGGAAAAUUUCCAGAAAACACGUUUAGAUGAAAACAGCUAUUUGGUCUGGAGGGACGUGAUUUUGCCUCUGCCAUCUGAGCCUGGCCUGAAAGUAGAUGUCGGGAGGAUCAGGUGUCCGUUGCUGCUGAUCGUCGGGCAGGAUGAUCAGAACUGGGCCACGGUGGAGUCGGCAGAGGAUAUUCAGAAGAUGAUGGAGGAAGCUGGGAACAGUCACCUCCUUACCAUACUGUCGUACCCUGGAGCCGGACAUCUCAUUGAACCACCCUACAGUCCUCAUAUCCGUGCCAGUAACUAUAUUCUACGUAGGGACAAAGUCAUUAUGCUGUGGGGGGGGCAAACCAAGCCACACGCAGACGCCCAGGAAGAUUCCUGGAAGGAGAUCCUGGAGUUUCUGCAGCUGCACCUCUAUCGCGCCCAGGACUCUGCUCCCCUCGCCAGGCUCUGAGCUCACCCCAGCCACAGCGAAAGUCUGGAAACGGACGGUGACACUCUGGUGGACCCAUCCACCAAAAAAAGGCUUCAGAUCAGGUUAUAUUGAUGGCAGUGUUUUGUAAAAUCCUUUCAAGUUGCGUUAAUGUCAAAGUGAAGGACUGACAAGCUGAUAUCUGAAUCAGGAACAUACUGCAGAUCGGUAGUCCCAGCUGCCAGACUGUGCUGUGAAAUUCUGGUCCAUCAGAGGCUAACGAGGUGAGCCGCUAAAACUCUUAACUUCUCUAAAUAAGGUAUUAUUAUGAUGUUGUCCGAAUUCACCUGCCGGCUCUGUGCCUCUUCAUGGAAGACAGUUCCCAGCUCCUGCCUUUUGAAACUGAUGGGUGUUACUUAGUAGCGAAAAAUGGAGUUACUGCAGCAAUUGUCUCAUCAAUGCAGUAAAACUAUUGUAUCCAGUAUUAGGAAAGUAACACUAUUAAACAUUUACACAUAAAAAAUCCUUUGCCUUGUUCCUCUUUUGAUUACCUUGUGCUCUGUGCAGUAUCCAACAUUUCAAUGUGUUAAAAUUGCAGUAAUCAUUAGCGUGUCUGUGUAUGUGUGUAUUAAAGGAUUAAAGUGUACAAAAUCUGUUAUAAUUCUAAAUUAUAAGUACAAUUGUGUUUG